AUGACGGGAUUCUUGAUGCCUGGAUUAGGGAAGAUGAGAUUCGAGACGACGGAUUGCCGAGAAAAGGAAUCUUGCUCUUCAGGCGUAGAGUCUGAAGACCCUGUAGGGUCUGUUCAACAGACCGUUCUGGAGUCAACAGAAGACCUGGAAAACGACGUGCAAGACGACCAUGACUUCUGGCAGGAGCUUCGCUACUGGAGUGACCAGGCGCUGCGCAACCUCCAUGAACCUGGAACACGCUGGCCGGCAGAUGGCAGCUACACUGACGAGCCUGAACUUCUGCUGCAGCAGGUGACAAAUGCACCGCAACCAACAAACAACUCUCUUCAGCUCCAUGAGAACUUCUCAAACUUCAACACUUCUUUUCACCUCGAGUGGGGGCUGUCCUCGAGUUUUUUCAACUCGUCUUUGCUGGGCUCAACGGUCGCCCCAGAUCCGCUCGAUGAGUGGCUCACGGCCUCAGACGCAUUCUUCAACUCAACUUCAACGUUGCUCAACGCAACUAAUUCAACUCGCCAGCAGGAAUCUAGCCUCCUGCCAUCGCUCAACUCAACCAUGUCUUCCGAUGACGUUGCGCAGUGGACGCCGUCAUCCACGGCCGCCGUUGUGCCGGCCGUAAUGCCGACCGUGGCCCCGAAUGUGCUGUCGUCGGUGCUGCUCAGCACGGCGCUAGCCUCGGUUUCCUUAGCUCCAGUGCACGAUAAUCCUUUCUUGUCCCUCACAUCCUACAGCAACAUCACUGCUGAUUCCUACGCAGAAUCCUACCUUAAGACCGUAGAGCCUGGGCGCUGCUACAUUCAGUUCAUCAAGACCAACGAGUACAUCACAUUCGGCACGGCCAUCGCAGCUUUCUACCUGCCGGUGACGGUGAUGAUUUUCCUGUACUGGCGCAUCUGGCGCGAGACCGAGAAGCGUCAGAAGGAUCUCACGCACCUACAGGCCGGCAAGAAGGAUCCUAGCAAGAGAUCCAACUCCAGAGGGUCCGCCAUCUCGCCCGACCCUCUCAGUUAUACCGACAACGUCGUGUCCAGGAGUGAGGCGGACGACGCGGUAGAGCAGGAGGACUGGAAGAGGCAGCGGUCGGAAUCGUCCACCGCGAUGGACGACAUCGAGACCACCUACGUGCCGACGGCGAUGGUCAUCGAUAAUUCGGCCUUCAAUGGCCGUCGUGCAAAGAAGAAAAGUUCCUCCUGCUGCCGCGGCCUGACUUCCUGCAUCAAGCGAACCGUCGACCGCGAAGACCCGGGCGACGAAGUCCGGAAACCAUCCCCGGGUUACACGACACCCGGAGGCUACCAGACCCCUAUGGGGUAUCAUACUCCGGGGUCUGCGGAGACCCAGGUCGCUGGGUCUGUAUCUCGGUGUACGUCUCUGAACUUCAUCCGAGACCAACAAACUCUGUCCGCCAAUCCUGCGCGGUACAGGAAUACUUCCAUGAUACCAUUAGCUGAGAAACCAGACCAUCCCAACCAGCAGUACCUGCACCACCACCACCAUAUGCACCAUCAUCACUUGCAUCAUCAUACAUCCGGUUCUUCCACUCUACCACGGACGGAAGGACCUGGUAGUCGUAUGGUUAGCGGUAGUAGUGGUGGUGGUGGUAGUGGUAGGUUACAAGCUCGCUCCCACUCGUCCGAUUCCGUAUACACGAUAUUAAUCAGGCUACCGCACGAACCAUCGCCUGAUGGACCACUUCAUCAACCAACCAUCCUUAUGAUCGAAGAGGAGGCUGCUGCUGCCGCUGCUGCUGGUGGAGGAUAUGAAGGAGGUUACCUUUCUUCAGGGGCGCGUCCCUUCAUCAGGAAUACUUCACCUCUCGUCAGAAGAGGAGACUCCGUGUGUUCAGAUCCGAGUGGCGGCAGUACGGCCACGUCACGCAUCACCGAAUGUUCAUUGCAUCCUGGUGGGCCUAACGCGACGUCUCCAAACUCAAGCCGACGUCCUCCCUCCUCAACAAAUGACAUUAAACUGCCACUCAACGCUAAAAUCAUUCCAAAACAGUUGGCUAAAAAUUCAGGCAGCGGCAGCAGCAAUACUGGAACAGGAACCAGAAAGAAAAAGAAGAAGAAAACAUCGGAGAAAAAGCAAGAUCGCAAAGCCGCUAAGACUUUAUCUGCAAUUUUACUGGCGUUCAUCAUAACUUGGACGCCAUACAACGUGAUGGUUCUGAUCAACCCGAUUCUGAAGUGUGGCGCGGCCACCGACUGCAUUCCAGAAGUGCUCUGGAAUUUUGGCUACUACUUGUGUUAUGUAAAUUCAACCAUCAACCCAAUGCUGUACGCUCUCUGCAAUGCCUCGUUCAGGAGAACCUACGUUAGGAUUCUCACCUGCAAGUGGCAUAAUAGGAAGAGGCAGGGAGUCCAGCGAGGAUACUACAGCUGAGAACUUACCGUAGGAUAAUACGGUGCAUCUUACGAGGUGUUGGCGUGGACCAUUGUUGUACAAGAAGUAACUUUUGCUGAAUUCAAUCUUUGGAUAGAUGUUUUUGACGGCUUACAGCUCUUGGUGUAUUUUUCCUAAUCUAUCCAACUUAAAUAGACAGAGAAAAGUACUCUCACCAGAACGGGCAUCGCAUUGUCCACUGAACUAUUUCAAGUGCCCAGUCUAUGGAUCCUUUAAAAUAUAUUAUAUGUGAUGGUGUUAAGCAGCCGGCUGGAUAGCACGGAUAUGUUUGAUCGAAUUCCUCGGUGUAUUUACACCACGUGUGUCUAAAUUGGUAAGUGACAUCCCUCAAUAACUUGCAGGUUUCUACCAUAAUUGCCCUACUUCGCUGAGACUACUUUUAUUUCUUGACGUACUCCAAAACUCCCUCAAUCCUGAAUCUCCAUGGAGCGUCGCUCGAGUGUACACCCCAAAUCCCUCUGUGUGGGGAGAUCAGGGGGAGUGGCGCUGUGAAUUAUUUGGAUCAUUCGUGAUCAUAAAGUGAACCUUGUCAUUGGUACACGAUCGUUGUCGUACCCACGAUAGUUAACGAUUAUUAUCCUCAUCAAACACGAGAUCGUAGUCUUGGUAGGCGUAUCGGUGGCCACCUAUAAAGGUUGAAAUACUUUGUCAAUUUAUCAACCAAUAUGUUGGUGGCUGUGACAACUGCAUUCCUCAAGUCCAAAAAGUAAAAAAAAAAGCAAUGAUUUUGUCCAUAAUUUUGUCCACAAUUAAGAUCACAAUAGUUUUAUUCGAUGCUGCUGCUUCUGACCUCACAAAUAAAAAUUUUGGUGAUGACAGACCGAAUUUGUUGCGGGUGGUGUUCAUCACUCAAUUAGCCUCAGACCAGAAAGUCGUUUGAUUAUUCCCGUUUAAAUUCUCGUCUAGUUUAUUGUAUGUCAGUAUUAGCUAUCAGCGUUGUUAUAUUAUUAGGAGCUUUUGUUACUGAUUUGUACUUGUUUAUACCGAGUUUUUGUCAAUAAUUAUGUUUUAUAAGUCACCGGUGCAUAUCCAGAAUGAAUAAUGCCGAAGAAUAUAUAAUUAAAUGAGAUAUAACACCAACGAAACCAACAUCGACGUGCGGCAAUCUAGACGCUGUCAUUUUUUAUUUAGUCGUUCACGUAUAGUCAGUUUUUAUAUGCUAUAUUUUUAUCAACUAUCAGCGAUAAAUGCUGCAACUUGUUGCAGUAUCUUCUUAUUAAUAUUUUUUCCUUAAAUGACUACGUGACACGAAGAAACAAUUUUUUUCCACUACCAGAUCAUGCACAUUAUUUUUUCCGAUGAAAAGGGUCAAUUUUUUCAUUAACAUUUCUACAAAAUUUUGUACUAAUUGUUCGUAUGCGUAUUCCCUGCAGCAAUGCAUCCGCGUGACGAAGUAAAGCAGUGCACACUGCUUUACUUAAUUGUGUAAAUUAAAGCAAUUAAAUUACUUAAUUGUGUAAAUUAAAGUAAUUAAAUUACUUAAUUGUGUAAAUUCUCGUUUUAAUUGUACCCGGGAAUUAACAGCUUCCUGCGCAAAUCAAACCCUAUUCCUGUAUUGCUAUUUUCAUGCUUUAUUUAUCCCAUUUAAGUCCCAACGAAAAUUCCAAUGCGCAAAACAUCAAUGAAGCGCUUAGAGGUUGUUUUUUAAGGCCGCAAGUUCUAGAAUUUCAGUGUUCGCUUUGAAUAUAUGUUAAUAUUGUUAAAUUAUUAGCUAUUGGUGUUCCCAUACGUUAAUACCAAAAACUGGAUUUGUUCUUCAUGUAUUCCCAUCUCAUUUCACUUCCCUGUAUGUGUUUAUAAAAUUAGAUAUUGUUUUUUAAAUGCUACAGUCGAAUGUUAUUCCGUUGAAAGCUACUGGGAAUUCAUUGAUAUCACGAACCUGUAACAUGAAGCUUGCUAUUCAGUCAACGUUUCUCCCAAUAAAUAGAGAGCUUGAGGAACUAGUUUACGUAACUCUAGUAACUAGGGCAUCGGAAGAUGAUGUUCGUACAUUUUCAGGCUACCCAUGAAUCGCCCAUUUUUUCAAUAGAAUAUUGGGGCAUCAUAUCUACAGUAAAGUUUUGCAUCUGCCCGAGAUUCGAGUGUUUAAAGAGGAACCGAGGUUUGUACGAAGCUGAGUUUGGUGAAACUGUAUAUGCAAAUAUGGAAUAGAAUCCGCUCAAAUUAACGUAAUGAUUUUUUUUAAAUCUAGAAAAUCAUUGAUGUUAAAAGGUGACCGUAAGUUCCAGGAUGAUCGUUUGUUUUCCGAUAAUCGCGAUCUCCAACGAUGAUAAUCGGUAGUUUACCGAAUAUUACGAUUUCCACGAUUGUUGUUAUUUCUCCGGUGAUCGUGGUUUUAACACUGAUCUUUAACACCGAAGAAGUGCUCGUGCUGUCAGUGGUGCCGAUAUUUAUCCCUUAGUCACAAACAGCGAAAUUUUCCCUCAUUUUAUUUAUAGACACAUUAUAUAUCGUCGUCUUUCCGAUGGUCCGAGGGAAAGCACCGAAAAUGCGACGAUGGUUUCAUAUAAUAGUUAUUUUUAAUUAAGAAAUGUUUUUCUAUGUAUUUAGGUUAGAAGUAGGGUUAUAAUUAACAGCAAAACAAGAAGAUAAUUGUGAUCAGGGUCAGAGACCGCGUUUAGGUUAGAUCGUCAACAAUAUGCAAGAUCAACAAGAAGCGUGGUUAUAUUACUUACCUCUGUUACCUGGUAUCGAUGUAUGGUAUUGUUUUGUAGAUACUGCCGCAACAUUACAUACAUUCAACAUAAACCCAUUAUAAACAACUCUUAUAUUAGGUACGGAAUAUGGCCGGUCUCAUGUCAGGUCGGCCUGAAGUUUUGGAUGGGGUGGAUUUGUAGGUGGAUUUUUAGGUGGAUAAAGAACUGUAAACUCGUGUCCCUUGUGUCGGUAAUGAUCGAUGAUACUUUACGGGGCUGUGAUUGGCUGAAAAUAAAAAGGCGUGUAACUGAAUUGUGUUCUCAUUAAUGUGAAUUAUAGAUGCAUUAUCUGCCGACAAACCACCGUUAGUGGCACGAGCAUAAAUUUAUUACCUGAAGAAUUUCAUUUUAAAUCAAGUAUUGCAAUUCAUAUCGACCAUAACUUUCCGUGGCUAACCUUCGCGCCCCGCCAACGAAUUUAUCGUAAAAUAUUGCAUCGAUAAUCCCUAUUUUAAAUCACAGCCAUUUUAUCAUCGAUUAUCUGCAUUUCCGCCGAUAAUCGGGCUGAGAUUUUCAAUAGUGUUUUUUAAGAGAGAGGUUAUGUGGGCAUCGCUGUUUUGCUGUGCUCAGCCGUGUACCCGAUGACCCCUGCACCCUCCCCCCCUACCCUCACCCCCCUCAACGCUGUACUCCACCCUAACAUUUCAAUAAAGCCUUGU